GACAUUAAACCUAUCGCAUGGCGGCGUUGGCAUUACGACCUCUUAGUCCUCAGCUUCUGGUCUUGGCCAAAACUGAGUGCAAUGAACAGGAAACGGAACGUGAGAAUUUCAUAGUCAAUCUACAGACAUGGAUUAACAAAUCGCCACAUUUGAAGGCUCCCACCGAUGAGCUGUUGCUGUUGGCCUUCCUGCGUCGUUGCCGUUACAGUCAGGAGGAGACCAAACGACGAUUUGAUAACUAUUAUUCACUGCGAGGUGUCUUUCCCGAGGUCUUGGGUUCUCGGCAGGUGGAUGAAGCCUUGCUAGCCCAACAUCAAAGGGGUUUACACAUAAUACCUGCUCGCCCAGUUAGUCCCAAUGGACCAAGAGUUAUAAUUUCACAAUUCAAACAAAUCGAUUCAAAGAAAUCAAAUCCACGCGAGGCAUUCAAAUUGCUCUUCAUACUCCUGGAACUUUUGGCUUUGGAAUGUGACAAUGCGGGAAUCGCUGGUCUUAUUUAUGUGGUCGAUGCUCGUGAUGUGAGCAUGGAGCAAAUGAUGCAGUACGAUCCAUUUCUACUGAAGAAGACCUUCAGUCUGGUGGAUCAAUGUAUGCCGCUGCGUUUCGUUGAGAUUCACAUGAUUAAUAUGCGACGCGAGGGUGUGGCAGUCUUUAAUUUUGUUACCAAAUUUCUGCCCUCCCAACUGCCCUGGAAGUUUAUGGUGCACAAGAAAUCGGAGGAUCUAUACGAACAUUUGCCGCGUGAGGCCAUGACCAUUGAAUAUGGUGGCACGAAUGGUUAUCAGGCCGAAGCCUUGGACUAUUGGCGUCAGCAGCUGGAGGCACACAGGGAUUAUUUUGCAAAGGAUGCCCAAUAUGGGACAAAUGAAAAAUUACGCGUUGGCCUGGCCAAUGCCUGGUCAAGUGGCGAACUGAGCGGCAUGACUGGUUCAUUUCGUAAGCUGGAACUAGACUGAGAGAAUUAGAGAGUUGUUUCCAUUUGUUUAUUAAAUUAAUUACUAAAGGUCAUAAAAAUAAUUUAGUU